AUGUCUAUUCGACUUCUUGUAUUCCUCAUCCUUGGUUGUUGGUCAAUCUCAAACACACCAUUCGGAGGAAUCGGACAAGGAUUAGGUGGUCUGUUGCUUUCAAUCUUCUCUCAGUUGAAAUCACCAACGCUUUCGAGUCAAGCUGACCUGAAGCAAUUCUGCAAAACAGUGACAGCCUCAGAAGUCGUCCCACCACCUCAACCUGCCACGCCGCCACAUGUGACUCCAACCUUUGACGGUGAUGAUCUUCCAGUCCCAGAUCCCCCCGCACCUGCCACCCCACCUCAAGCAACCCAUGAUCCAAUCGUAACAGAAGGGAAACUUAAAUGGCCGAACAAGCUACCUCCUUUUGUUCCACCUUCAACUUCCCAAGAACCUACAUACGAUGGAAAAGAAUAUCGAUUCAAAUCAUUUGUUUUCAGACCUGCUCAAUACACUUUUGACGCCUUCCUAAUUCUUUUGGUAUUGGUUUACACUUACUUAACUUACCUUGGAAAACGAUCAAAUACAAAAAAAGUAGAAGAAUACUUAAAUACCAUCUCACCUAAACUUAAAACAGAAUUUUCUCAAGUAGGAAUCGAUUCUAAAACGUUAUUUGCACAAAUUGGACCUUCAAGAUUUAUAAGUUUUGCAACGGGUCGUCAGUUUUGUGAAUCGUUAAACUUAUGGUUCUUUUUAAGACCUAAACAAGAUUUACCUAUGAUUUUAUAUGAGUUUUUAAGAUCUUCAAUUGAUUUUAAUUGGACUGGAAAUUUAGAUCAAAUCGAAUUAGUUUUUAAAAUUCCUUCUAAUAAGCUCGAUAAAAGUUUUGAUUCCAAAGAUUUGUUUGUUUGGGCUUUGGUUGAAAAGAGUGUUAUGGAUAAAUUUAGAAGGGAUCGAUGGGAUGUGAGAACAUUCACAGAAGUAAAGGAGCUUAGUACUUUACCUUCAAAUAUGGUCAUCAUGUCAGAGUCAGGCGAAGUGACUGAACAGAUCCUCAAGUAA